UCAUUUAAUUAUUUCCCCAUGAUAUUUUUUAUUAUUCUUUUCUUGAUUCAAUAUCUUGAACUAACGCACCUAUAGUAUCAUCUGUUUACGGAGGGAAAUUUAAAUACAAAUAUAUUAGUUCUUAAAUUACUGUUACUUUAUCUGACCAUAUAACUGACCUUUGGAAAACGGGGAUUUCUUUUUGCCUUAACCUUGAGGAAUCCAAAACGACGAGCAUAAUUAUUAUGGAAAUUAAGAAUUCCGGUUUAAAGUUCGUCAAAAUAUUCAGACCAUAAAUAUUUUGUACAUCCACUUUUUAGGAUUAAAUUUAAACGACUACUUAAUUAUAUACAUUAAAGAAUAGAUAUGUAAAUUGCUUUUUGAGUGUGGAACUACAAAACAGAUUUAAUAUAAUCAGUAGAGUGGUCACGGCGUUCUAGUGAAGAUUCGCAAAUAAAUUAAGGUCAAAUAAGUUAUAUUGGGAAUUGGUACAUCCUAAAUUUUUCUAAAAAUGCGUGGUUUAUUUAAAUGAAGUUACUUCAAUGAGAAUAUUUUUUUAUUCAAGAGAUGGCUCCCGUUUUUCUAAUUCUACUUGCAUUUCUGCUUGAUGUUGUGUCUUGUCAAUUAGUGUCACCCUGCCCUAGACUCUUUCGCUAUGAACCACAAACUAAUGAAAAUGAUCGCUGGUAUGGAGAACUGACUAUAAUAAGUGAUUCAGAUUUAUCGGGACUUUGGUUGAGGAUUAUUUUUGAUAAACAAUCUGUUCAACUGGGGAACUGGUUUGGGGAAGUAGUAACGAUGGACAACAAGGACUAUCUGAUUAAAAAUAGAAAUUUCAAAGUUAAGGCAAACGAGCCCAUGAAGUUGAGGUUCUACUUAAAAUACAAACCAAACGAGCCCCCGCCUCAGUUGGUUGAAUUUCGAGUAAAUGCUAAGACAGUUUGCCCAGAAGGUGGAGCUACAACACAGGCACCAACCACAAAUGGACAACUUAUGACCAGCAACGAACUGUCUACUACUUCAAUACCUAACAACCCGGGACCUUCUAUUGAUACAUUUGUCCGGCCUGGUGGUGGUUUUGUCAUAAAUAAUCCCGAUGAAGAUGACUUCUUCCAUGGUGAUUUUGCACUUCUCAACAAACCAAAUAAGAAUAUAUUAAAUAGCGCUUGUGGUGUUGUCAUUAAACAACCGAGGCCAUUAAUAACACACGGUCAGGCGACCCAAGAGGGCGAGUUCCCCUGGCACGCAGCCCUGUACAUCGCCAAAAACAUCGACUUAUCCUACAUUUGUGGGGCCUCUUUAAUCUCAACGUAUCAUCUGUUAACAGUAGCGCACUGCGUUACGAGAAGAAAGAGCCAGACGACUCUGUCACCUGGAAAUCUCGUAGUUUAUCUAGGGAAGUUCUACUUGAAGACAUGGUCUAACCCGGGAAUCCAAGAUAAACAUGUGAAGAGGAUAAUAGUUCAUCCGAAAUACAAUUCUCAAUCGUUUAACCAUGACGUAGCUGUUUUAAAACUAGUAUCUCCUGCUGAUAUAACAGAUUACGUAAGACCUGUCUGCCUCUGGGAAGGUGCUAUCGGACUAGAGACGGUUAUAGGAAAACCAGGUACCGUUGCUGGUUGGGGAUUCGACGAAAACGGAAAAGUCACGGAAGAAUUGACCAAAGCGCAGAUGCCGGUGGUUUCCCAGGAGACUUGUAUAUAUUCCUUCCCCGACUUUUACUCGAGGUUUACUUCUGAAUUCACAUUUUGUGCCGGAUUUAAAAAUGGUACGUCGGUGUGCAAUGGUGAUUCCGGAGGAGGCCUAGUGUUCCCUAAGCCAGGGACAAACGCAAACAACCCGGUUUGGGUCCUCAGGGGAAUGGUUUCUAUAAGCGUGGCAUUACAAAAUCAAUUUAAGUGCGAUGCUAUGCAUUACGUUGUGUUUACAGACGUAGCUAAAUACUUGGAUUGGAUUAAAGGAGCCUUAACGAUGUGAUAACUUUUGUGUUAUAUUAAUAGUGGACAUUUCAUAUAGUAAAGUUUAUUGUAUCGAUUCUGCUACUGAAAUUUUGUAAAAAUAAUCGUUUAAGGAAAAAACUAUGUACUUUCAGUUACAAUUUUUUGAUUAAGGACAUAUGAUGCUCAGUAUUAAUAUUUUCCUGUACUAAAAUUUUA